AAGCGAUCGGCCAUCUAAAUACUGAACAGGCCAACACGUGUGUCUUAGAGUUUCGAUACCGAAAAAUUUGACCAAGACGUGUUAUAAUCACGGUGUUUAUCGUGGUUUUGUAGUGUUUCACAUUUUUUUUUGUUAGGAAAGAAACUGGAGUUUUAAAGAAAGCUAACCUCCAUUGGAAAAUGGCGACAUUUAAACCCCACUACACUUUGUGUCCACUUUUGGGUGCUCAAAAUUUGGUUGGGGUUAGUGCUGACAAAGAAGAAAGUAUGAUUCUUGUUACUCUUGGGCCUAAUAUUAUUGUUAAACAAAAGCUGUCAGAUCAGAAGCCCCUAAAAAGUUGGAGCACUAGACAAUCAAACCAGAUUACAUCGAAAAGUGUCUAUAACGGAAUCAAUGACAAAUAUGUAUGUGUAUUGAAUAGGAAACACAUUUGCAUGUGGAAUGAAGAAGAAUCAAACCUCGAAGAUGUCAAGAAGCAUACAUUUACAACAAAUAUUCACACUAUCCACUCUUCCCCUGGGAAAUCAUCCAUCAUUGUCUACGAUAAUGGUUACAGUGAAAGUUUGGAAGUUGGCUUAACCAAACGGAAGGAUGUCAAGCCCAACUUACUAGAACAGGGUGAAACUGUUUCCAAAUCCUACCUUGAAAGAGUUAAAGAUCAAACAGUUCUGAUACUGUUUACAUCUAAAAACAAGGUCUAUUAUGUCCGUCUGACCGGUGAUGGCUCACCAGAUGGGAAUCUGAAUUUCUCUCUGACCAAAGGUGCCAACUGCAAAAAUGUAGGAAUGGCUGUGGUUAAUGAUAAUGCCAACAUUGUCACCAUUCUUGUACUAUGGUCUGAUGGAGAAUUGGUCCAAUAUUCUGAGCAGGGAGCCAUCAUGUUAACUUAUAACCUAAGUGGGAUUUGUCUUACAAGUCCUGUAGCAAUGGUCAUGUUGGAUUCCACUCAUAUCGCCAUUUACGGUGCGGAUGUGAGUGAAGAAGGAGCCGUGUUAUUGCUGUUUGAUUUGAAGUUUGGCAUGAGUGUGUCCAAUAGAAAAUUAAAAUUUUUCUGUGAUCCACCUCACCUGUAUUGCCUACCAUCAAACAAUGUCCUGCUUCUCUGCAUUGUUCAGAACUUGGUUGUGGUCCCCUAUGUCCUUCAACCUUCUUUGCUUUGGAAUUUGAUUGAUAGCAAACAAGUCAGAGAUUCUAGUGCAAAGCCUGAAGUUGUUGCAUGGGGCGGAUCGUCAGAGAAGCCAUCCAUCCCGAAUCCAUUAAUAUUCCGUCAAAUUGAAACAAGCAAAUUGUCCAACUCGCUGUGGGAAUCGAACGCUUGCAGUGGUCGUAUUUUUGACGAAUUACUUCCAUCCUUGAAAGAAGACAAGGACAUUGACGGCAUUUGCCUUCUCUUGUCAUCUGUCAAAGACUUGCCGGAGAAAUGGCAAGCUGAUCUUUUAAAUUUUUCUCUGGAGGAAACUAUUAGCGAAGGAGACAGCCGAUCCAAAAUGCUGGAGAUUCUUCUUUCCAUUUCGUAUUCAGAUGUCGUUCUUCUUAAUCACAUAAGAAGGAAAUUGACUACCAAAUCAACCAUUAAACUAUUGGAAUAUUUGGCCCAGCUUCUAGAGGACUGCAAAUUUACUGGAGAUACAAGGACUAGUAAACCAGAUUUUAGUCAGCUUGUUGAUUGGAUUUCACUCAUUUUAGACGCUCAUCAUCACGAGCUUCUGAUCGCCGGAACUGAUAAUCAGGUUAAACAGUUGAUUAAAAAACUCGGACAACUUGUUGGCGAAAGUUACGAAUUCCUGGAUUCUUUGGGGCAAUCAGAGCCCUUAAUUACGUUGCUCGAACAGAAGCGAAGGCCUCCAGAGAACCGACGCAAAGAUUGGUAUGCCAUUGAAGUUGUGAGACUAUUAUAGUGAACAUUUUCACCUGAUCAAUGUUUAAUACAUAGCUCUUCAUUUCA